GAACGAGCCUCGGGCCUCGGAGUAUUUUACCACCACCCGCCCUUGGUAUCGAGUUUUCUUACCUGUUGUUCAAUGACAUGGCAAAGCGGUACGGCGGUAUUUGGCAAUUGUUGCCCUCUGGCCCAGCCACAGUUGGCCGCCAGCAGCACCACCGUCUCGGUGACAGUCAUAUUUUAACCACAACGCAACCAUGGAUGUUGUCAGUUCAUGGUAAUGGACGGAUGUGAGAAGGGGGGGUUCUUUUCCUUGCCCCUGCUGGAGUCUGAGCAGGCUGUCGAACAUACACAGGGCACGGGAUAUCGCUGAGGUAGUGUCGAACAUACGCAGGACGAGUAGCUAGAGACCGCAGUCAAUUGACUGCGGCUGGGAUUGACAGCAUUGCUGCUUCGCCAAAGUUCUUUCGGUUCCUAUUGUGCGCGCACGGGUGCGCCGUCCCGUUCUCGUUUCUGCAAAAUCGUUUACCGGAAACUGCGCUUAGUCGGUAGUAGAGAUGGUGGAGCUGAAUUCGUCAACCAGCCGCGGGAAUGACAUUAUCAAUAUAUCACCCACCACAUGUGUCUGCGUGAGGUGGGCCGCUCUUCACGCGCUGUAGUUUAGGGAGUAACUGCUCGCUCCAAUGUGUAGUCACCCACCCUGCUUCCCUCGGUACACGCAUCUGGUCUUCGGUUUUACAGUGAAUGGGAGCCUGCUUCCCUCUGCGCAAGGAUCUGGCCAUCGGUUUUACAGUGAAUGGCAGCUGUACAUUGUGACCAACGAGAAUGACGAAAGCUCGUUUGUCGGUUGCGGCUACCAUCGACCAGCCAGCCAGUCUGUCUGGACCAACAUUUUGUUGUCUUGCAUUGCUUUCAGCGAACUGGUCUGGACCCACCAACGUGAGAGGACAAGUUUGGUGAGGCGGUGCAGCGCGGCCUCCAUGUGCUCUUCAUGCUGGAUUCUGCCGGCUUCCGUGAAGACGACGUGGCUCGGCGCACUUCGGAUCUUCAGUCUUCUGUCGUUAUUGCAUCCCCCUUCCACGGUAAUGGCAGAGGUGGUUGCAUCUGAGGCAGGUGGAGGGAGGAGGAUGGGAUCCUUUGGUGGUGACCGAGAGAAGGUGCGCGGUGCAGACAUGGAUAUUUUUCCCGGAGGAAUCGAGUCACGGGGUUUCAUUUCUCCCUCAGGCGCUCCUGCCAGAACUUCCUCUGUUCCUAUCUCUCCUCCUCCACCACCUUCGGGUUCUCAGAUACCCGGCGAUGAUCAGUCUUUGCGGCCAAGGAAAUUCCGAGGGUUUGAACUCCGGUUUCACCCAGCUGAGAAGGUAUUUCCCCAGGUACUUGACAUCGCUAAUCCUUUCCAAGUGUGUAGCAAACUGCCAGAGAUACCAAUCUAUGUGUCAAACAGCGCCUCGAUGAUCUACCAGGGCGUCGAGUACACAGCGAUCACGUAUAGCCUCUACUAUGUGGAGAAUCCCUCGCCGGCUUUCGGUGGUCUGUUCCCCAGGAACGUCGGGUAUCACGAGGGUGACGUAGAAAAGCUGACCAUCUUAUACUCCAAGGAUCCGUACAGGGAGUGGGAGCCGUGCCACGUGUACUUCUUCGCACACGGUAGCGGGCAAGGGAUAUGGUUGCCUUGGGGAGAAUGUCAGCACACGGACGACAAUUACCUCAUCGUCUACGUGGCUAAGAACAGUCACGCCUCCUACUAUCUCCCGGGCACAUAUGUGCGAAUCUUCGGCGUGGCCAACGAUCACUGCUCGGAGAGAGGAAAGCACCUGCGAGUGUCGGCCUACCUUAAAGCGUUCGAUCACCAGGUGAACAAGGGUGUACACUUAUCUGCCUCAGCUGCUAUUCCCCCUCAGCGUUCUGUCAAGCCGUGGGAGAGAUUUGCCUGGCCCAUCGUCUCCAAGAAAGUGAGACGAGAUAUCGCCAAGCCUCCAAGAACAGGGCCGGGAGCCGCGGCGGCAGCAGCAGCGGCGCUAGGGAUUCCAUCCCAAGAGAAGGACCACAAGCUUGGAUCUUCCUGCGAUCAACCUGUUGGCCUAUUCUGCGGCUGUGCUUCCCUUCCAACUCCUGGGCGGCAAAAGAGCAAGAAAACUCAGGCUUUGCAGGUUCAGUUCAGCCUCACGUACCCGGAACAAGUGACUAACGCGAAGGCACGGCCGUCUAUUGUGAAUCGAGGACCCAUUUACGUGUUUGAGGAGGAGCGCAAGCCAGGAGAGCGGACUCAACCGAUGCAAGUGCCAGGACCAACCUUUGAAGAGCGGACUCAGCCAAUGCAAGUGCCAGGACCAACCUUUGAAGAUGAGGCUGCUACCCCGGGUACCCCCCGGCUUGGGUCCAGGGUACCGAUACCAGAACGGCAUGUGCAAACCCAACCAUCGGAGGCUGCUGAAACAUCGGGAGGUCAAUCUGAACUGACGGGUAACGCGUCACGAGAAGCGGGGCAACCCGUGAAAUCCGAUGCAGUCACCAGUAAGGCAGGCAAAAGGCAUGAGAUCGCGAGUGUCGGUGGCCACACCUCUGCAGCUCAAUUGCCUUCCCGCGUCCAAGGAUCGCCGGGCCGGGCUAAGCUAUCUGAACAAUCUGGACGGUCAGACGGAAGUGCUGCUCAGUCGGACGCAGUGGAUAAGGUACUGCGAGUUGAGCGGGUUGCAGUCAAGAGUGUCGUCGUGAAGUCUCGACUGGGCAACCAAGCCUCCUCCCUCAAGGAGAUGGACGCAGCAGCAGACAGUCCUCCAUCCCCAGUGCAGGGUAACCAUUACGUCGUGGAGCCCGACCAGGAUCUACGUGUGACGGUACCAGACGCUUCUAGUGCGGUCUCCUCUCCUUCCAGGGUGAGUAACGCUAACCUGGCAACGAAAGAUUCUAGUGCUUCCUCACAACCUGCUUCAACUGCUUUCCUACCGUCUCUGGAUUCUGACAACGAUCAGGAGUUGCUCGAUUGUCCAGAGUUACUUCCAGACGGCAUUACAGAUGGAGUUCUGUCACCCAGAAGGGCGACGAAGCCGGUAAGAUCGCAGCCAUCAUCUCCCCAAUCCAAAAGAACUGUACACACUGUUCCUGCGGUCCGGAAGUCCAAAUCGUAAACAUGAUUACCUUAGGUAGUAGACGGAAUGUGCUCAUGCAGACUCGUGUCCAUAUGUGUCCCACACUGUCCGCCAAACAGCAGGAGUAAGCGUCCAGGUAGAGUGCUACCUGCCUGCAGCGACGAGGGAGCGAGGGAGUGACAACAAUCCAAUCUGUGCAAUAGCUCUGAUCUGUAAGCUAACUGUGAGGCAAAGUAACCGAUCCGUCUAUACGCUUCCCCCGACCUGUAUUUUGUUCCACUACUGCUGCUGCCAGAUGACUUCUCAAAGGUCAUCGACUCACUGCACGCCGCUCCUCGAGUAGGUGUAACAGUUUCGUCGCCCGUCAUAAAAUCAAUCACCCUAUCUGCAAACCCUAGUCAUGAAUCUGCCUUCCUCCCUGUGUCUAAUUCACUCUCGCUCUCUCUCGAUCUUCCAUCAACAAUUAGACUUGGUAGUUGUGGUGCUCGCCACCUUUCCCUGUUCUUAAAAGACCUAUCAAAGCGCCCCUGUAAACUGUCGUACUUGACGACAACUCGGUUAGGUGGUCCUGUUCAAGGACUGCAAUUAUGAUGGUUGGUCCGCUCAGCUUGCCUUGAGGUAACUGGGUUCUGUGAGAUACUUGCCGGUUCGUUCUCCCGGUGAAAAAGGAUUUUUUUUUUAUUAUUUAUAAUGGUUCGGUAUGGCCAAAUGUGCUUCAUCACAAACGUAUCCAUCUGUGACAUUGUGCGUGUGCUGUCUCUGGCGCUGAGGAUAUAUACUGUCAUAGGGUUCCAUUUCAUUCAAUUUCACGGAGUUUCUCGUCCCAUCUGACCCCUCUUUCCCAAGACCACAGAAGCUCUAGCACUCCUUACACUUCAUUAAACUGUCUUCCAUCUUCAUUCCGAAGGCGUCUUUUUUUCUUUUUGCCUAUUUCAUCUGGAUUCAAACUCUGGUGUGUAUUUCACCACUUCACAGUCGAACCAGCUGAGCUAGGCCCGAUGGCAGUUCCCAGUUGCAUCUUCAUUACCAGCACCACUUGAAUUUUUCACUGAGGUGGAUCGUAGUCCGUCUUCUUCUCCGCGGACUACUGAGUAAGAUCCUCAAGCCCUUGGCAUCCAACUCUGCUUAGGUUUGGACCUCUCAUGCACGCCCGCAUCCCGACCAAAUCUCUGAAGCAGCGGAGUGGUGGCCAUUUCCGCUGCAGGCCCACAGGAGACGACCGCUGUCUGCUUGCUGCCUCAGCUGUGCUACGUGCUACGUGUUGGUCUCUCGUAAAUACUGAUUACUGUUCUGAAUGAGGCAUGUCUUCCCCUUUUCAGACUUUGCAGAGAUGGUCAUGGAAUCAGAUAUGCUGUCCUCUUCAGUCGUGCUUGGGAGUCUGGAAAUGGGGCUUGGAAAUAGGUAAUCUAUAUGGCACCCCUGGGUACAAGAUGGCAUAGCAAGUUAGCAACCCGUAGCACUCGACGUGGUAAGAUUCUUGAAUAUGAAUUCUGGAUUUCCAUCUUCAUGUCUCCUCCUGCCGACCGCAUUCCUAACCGUAUCUUGGAUACGCCCUUAGAGUGACUGAUGGUAGCAGAUUCAGGGGCUUGCAGCAGGGCUGUCUGCGCAGGCAUGGGGGGACCCUUGCCAACCUAUAUUCACUAACAUCUCAGAGUUAUGGGUUCGUAACUUCGUACUUGUCGUCGAUCAGCCACUGGCGAUGCCAUGAAUGGGCCAGAUAUGCCUCCGCGGGAUUCGAAGCAGCCUUGAUUGGCAGCAGAUUAUGUUGGGGUUUCAAGUUUCAACAGGCACUGUGAACUUGGACAGCUAAAGAUGGCCAACUUGGCAUGUCUGAUGCUUUUGGCUUGCAAUUGUAUCAAGGUUGGUAGGGGAGAGCCUAAUUAGUUUGUGUCAGUUUUAUAGGAUGGAUUAGAUUGACUUAUGUCUGUGUCCUCACGUGUGUUUGGUGCUGAAGCCAUUACGUGAACACCCUUGCUCUCAAGGUCAAGGGCUUACAUUGAAGUAGUUAACCAUUAA